UCUCUCUCUCUCUCUCUCUCUCUCUCUCUCUCUCUCUCUCUCAUAGCACCAUGGCCACCAUGGGAGUAGAUGGGAAGGAUUUCUACAGAGCGAAAGUUGACUUUGACGAAACAAAAGCUGGAGUGAAAGGAGUGUUAGACUCAGGUGUGCUGAAAAUCCCGGAGAUUUUCGUCCACCCACCGGAGAAUGUGUCUGUGGGGACAUUAUGUGAUAUGAAUCUUAAAGUUCCGGUGAUAGAUAUUGAAAGAGUUGAAGAAGGUGGAAAACGAGGUGAAAUUGUUGGUGAGAUAAAGGAAGCGGCGGCGAAUUGGGGGAUUUUGCAGGUGGUUAACCAUGGGAUAGGGAGUGGUGUUAUGGAAGAGAUGAUAGAAGGUAUACGAAGGUUUCAUGAGCAACCACCGGAGGUGAAGAUGGAGUGGUACUCACGUGAGCAUGACCAAAAAGUGAAGUAUUAUUCAAAUGGAGAUCUUUAUGUAUCAAAAGCAGUAAACUGGAGAGACUCCAUAUCUUGUCACUAUGCUGAUGGUGUACUUGAUCCUAAUGCAUUGCCACACGCUUUCAGUGGAGCAAUAAAGAAGUACAUGGAAGAGAUAAUGAAGCUAAAAAAGACACUAGCGGAGCUCCUAUCAGAGGCAUUAGGCCUUGAGACAGACUACCUAACACGCAUCGAGUGUAUGAAAACCAUAACUCUCGUCUGCCAUUACUACCCCUCUUGCCCUCAGCCAAACCUAACUCUAGGAGCCACUAAACAUUCAGACCCAUCUUUCCUCACCAUUCUCCUUCAGGACACUGUCGGUGGUCUCCAAGUUCUCCAAAAAAACCAAUGGGUAGAUGUGGAGCCAAUCAAAGGGGCACUCAUAGUAAACAUCGGAGAUCUCAUGCAACUCAUUACAAAUGAUAAAUUCAAAAGUGUUCAACACAGGGUACGGGCCGCACGAAUCGGGCCUAGAAUAUCCGCUGCCUGUUUUUUCUAUCCAAGCGUUGCUAAUAACUAUAAGCCGUAUGGGCCCAUAAAGAAGCUUCUAGAAGAAACGGGCCCACCUAUAUACCGUGAAACCAGCCAUAAACAAUAUAUGGCUUACUACAAACAAAAAGGACUAGAUGGUGCCUCAUCGCUUCCUUUCUUUAAGCUCUAGCAACGGGAUUGUAAUAAGCAGCUUGUAUAAUUGCAUUUUGGAUCACCAACCUUGAGGCCAUCUUCUCUUUGGGUCAAGCCUAGGAAACCAUCUUUUCUUCUUCUUCAUGGUUGACUUUUUAUCUGGCCAUAUCAGCUUUAACAAGGGUCCCUUCCUGCUUGGUUUAGGGUUUUGAGGCAAGUGUAUGAACACAGGAGGAAAGAUUUCAUCGUGUGUCCUGAUGCUGUUGAAUCUGAGGUACUUUUGUUCCAAGGAUUCUUUGGGUAUGUCUCUAGCUAACAUAGGAGAUGCACCACCCCAGUUGUUGGUGCCUAAUGAUGGGUGUUGUGGUGUCCUAAAUUCCAACAUUUCUCUUUGCAUCAUCUUUAAAGAUCCAACAAUAAUAAUAUCUGGUUUCUUGUGUAUCUUAUCAAGCUCUUUACUGAUAUAAGAAGGAAAGGUUUACAGAUAGCUUUACACAUGCUAGAUGAUUCUUACAGGAAAGAGACAAGAAAAGGACGACGACCUCAAGAAUCUUAAAACAAUGAAACCUAUAUGUUGACAAAAGUUAAUGCUUCUUUUUUAUUCCAUAUAUUAAUAUCAAGCAGCAUACAACCAGAUACUAUCUCUAUGAUGUUAAACAAGGUACUAAGCGGAUAACUACUGAUUGACCUAAAACUUUUAGCAAAAUCUUUAAUUAAAAAUAAAA